UAUGUUUAUUUACCAUAAACUUGCGACCUAGGCACACCUGUCACAUUCACAACAAAUUCAAAAACGCAAUAGAAAUGUAACCAAAAAUAGAUACAAAAAUGAGUGCAAUAUUAAAAUUUAUUCGUGAAAACCAUAUACUGGCCCUUAUCGAACAGGCUAUAGUCAAAAAGAAAUCCCGGCUGAGUUUGAACGCGUACGAAAUCAUUGAGAUCCCGGAUUUGCUUUACACCUGUUCCGAUGUCGAACAUUUGUAUUUGCAUAGAAACAAAAUAACAGUGGUCCCGCAGGAAAUAACUCAGCUAGUGAACUUAACAACAUUGACGCUAGAUUAUAAUAAUAUAACGCAUCUCCCGCCGGAGAUUGGUAACUUAAAAAAUUUGGUGAAUUUAAACAUUAGCUACAAUCCUCUGAAGGUUUUGAUCCCGGAAAUUGGUGAACUUGAAAACUUGGAGGCGUUCUGGUGCAACAAAAUACAGCUGCGGGAGAUACCCAAGGAAAUAGGGAAGUUGGAGAAACUAGACACGUUCGGCGCUCGGGGAAAUGAGCUGGUUGCUCUUCCUGAAGAAAUCACCAACUUAACUAAACUAAGAUGGCUAACACUAGAGAACAAUUUCAUAGAAACAUUACCGGACACAAUGGACUGUAUGGAGUCAUUAGUGCACUGCAAUUUGAAGAACAACAAGGUGAAGGAGUUUCCCGUCUCCAUACUCAAGUGUCCCGACCUCAUGUUCCUGCAGCUAAAUAAUAAUCAGAUAUCCUAUCUCCCUGCGGACUUCGACACUUGCUACCUUUCCGUUCUGGAGAUGAUCGACCUUCGCCACAACCCGAUAUGUGAACUAUCUCAUCCCGAACAUCCCCUAGUAAGGUACGCAGAAGAGCUACCAUCGCCGGACGGUACACUGGGCGACCUGUCCCCUCAACCCUCGAGCAGCAGUCGGCACGGAGCGGCCCAGGCGCUGGCCAUCAACGCCACCGCGCUGCGGCUGCCGGCUGUACCGCCCAAUAGGCAUGCUGAGCCUAUGGUUAUUGCUGAAAUGGACUUGGACGCGUCAUCGGUAGAAUCGUCAGAAGAUUGGGAGAACAGCGUGAACAGUUCAGAACUGGAUGUCCAGUACCAGAGCGACGAGGAAAGAGCUGAAAAUGAGAUUGCUCAAUUCUUUCAGGCUGUGGGCAUGGUCUUACCUGAGUUAUCCCGCUACGCAUCAACCGCAAGCUGAAUUAUUUCCGAAAAAUAAGAAUAAUAUCAAAAAAAUAACAAAAUAGCGCCCAAACCGCCAUCUUGGGGAUAUUGUGUAAGUUUUAAUAAGCAUUCUGAAUUUAAAAUAUGUACUGGCUGAUUGUUUUCUAAAUUAAAAACAAAAAAAGGAUAUGUUUUCGAAAUUCAAAUAGACACUGCCAUGUUUUGAAAUCAGAAAAAUAUAUUUUAAGAAAAUCUCAGGAAGUCUUUAUGGUCACAAUUUUUUUAAAUAAUCUUUACUAUAGAAAUAGCAUACUAUCAUUGGCAAUAUAGAAUUUAAUUAAAUAAAUACAUUAUAAAGGAAAAUAAUUUUCCUAUGGCUAUGUUUUUAUAUACAUUUUGACAUAAUCCAAGCACAAUUUUCUACAACACAAUAAUCAUUUUUUAAGUCGGUUAAAAAUGUUUCGUCAACCCAAUCACCAGCAUGCAAUAAAAAACUUUAUAUCGAUUAUAAAACAAAUAAAUAAGGGAUUGAAAAAGGUGUUUGUUAUAUUCUCUUUAAUAAUGUUGGCUAAACAGAAUACUAAGUAUAAUAAUAUAAUUAUGUUUGUGAUUUCUGUUAUUACAAGGUAUCAUAACUCUCGACAUUAAUGGCCGUAUUCACCAACCAUCUCUUAACUAAAAUACACCUAAAAACUAAACUAGCCCCUUAUUUGUGCUGUUAGGUUAGGUUAGUAACCAAAAUGUUGUUAAUAGUCACCUAUCUUAGCUUAAGACUAUGAAUGCCAAGAAAAAUCUGUUGAAGGCAAAUCCUCUGCUAGCGCCGGUCACUUUGCCCCCCCAUGGCGUUUAAUGUGGGGGGGCUAUUUAAGGAGAUGUUAGUAAAAACGGGCAUAACUGUCGAGAAAAUGUGAAUAGUAGAAAGGCUAAUUGAUCUAUGCGAUUUUUUUUUUGCGAUAAUAAUUUUUCUCCUUGAAAUCAGAUGUUUCUCCUCGUAACACUUAAUAUCGAAAAAAAAAUACACUUAGAUCAAUUCGCCUCUUAACCGUCGAUGUUUAUAAUAUUGUCUAUCUUUCUUUACGAUUAACACAGACCGUUAGUUAGGGCUCAAGAGCCCAAGAGGUUUUUAACGCGCGUUAAAACUCAGCGUUCGCAAGUAUGCAACGUUGCAAAAUGUAAGUUUACCGCCAUACUCAGAGGCAUUUAAUGGUUACUUAACCUAGUCCUUAGCAAUUUUUUUCGAUACAAAAUCGUUACUAAGGAUUAGUUUAUGUAAUUAUUCAUUGUCUCUGAGACUUAAAAACCCAAUGCUUAGCGUAAUGAUACUAAACUGCUUGAUAAAAACAUCGCGUUUCAUAAACGCUGAUGUUUGAACAUUACUAGUAUUUGUUCUAUUUGAGCGUUUUUUUUUUGACGCGCGUUAAAAACCUCUUGUGCGAUUGGGGCUUUAAUGUGUUUGUAAUAAAAUUACUAAAGUUGAAUACGAAGCACAAAUAGAAAAAUAAUUAAUGUUUAUGUAUUUUUUUUUCAUAUAAUGUGUUCUUUUAUAAAGAAAGAUUUUUGUGAUAAAAACGGUCAAUUGUUGUUUUAUGUUUGGAAUUGAAAUUGGAUGAGUAUUUUUUGUUGAUUUAGUAUUAUUAAAAAUGAGCCGCCUAAAAAUUAAAAAAAAAUGCCUUUUUGUUUCGUUAUUAUUUUUGGAAUAUUACUAAGGCUCUCAAAUAAUGCUUUUUGUUGGGAAAGGCAUGAAAUUACUCCUUUUAAACCAACUAGAUUAUUGCUAUCUUUUUCUCUGGAUCGGGAUAGUUACUUAGUUAGAAAGGGACAAAAGUUCAAGACCAAAAAAUAUAAAAAAAAACAUGUUAACUCUAUUUUUAUAAUUGCUAUCGUGAGACAUACUAAAUUAACUAAGAAUCACGGUUUACUCACGUAUAUUUAAUGGAGAAAAGCUCUACUAGUUUUGAGUCACAGAGGGACUCUUUAUCAUGAGCAGCGUGCCUACUUGAUUGCCGCGUGAUUAAACCGUGUUUUUUAGUUAAUGUUAACUCUAGUUAACAUAAAUAGAACCUGUCAACAGCUGUCGAAUAAGUUAAUUAUAUUUUAUUUUUAACUUUUUCAAGGAGAAUUUUAUAGAAGUAAAAUGAUAGUUAUAAACAUUCAAAAACGUAGUUUUUCUACUAUUUUUUAUGUUGUUUUUAAACAAUGUGUGGAUUAAGAAAUCAAUAAGAGGCAAGGGGUAAUAUCUCUAUUAAAACAUAUGUUAUUCAUGUUAUAAUUAAGAAUUAGGUAAAAAAGUAUAUGUUAAAUUUGAUGUAUGAUAUGUACUUAAUGUGUCAAAUUGGUGUCUUUUAAACAUUUUUUGUUGAAAUUUUUUGGUUCCUAAUAUUUAGGUAUAAAAAAAAUAAUUAAGAAAAAAAUCGAAUGAUAUUACUUACAUGUGUCAAAGGUUUGGUGUUAGUAAUAAAUAAAAAGCUAUAUAUAAUAAUAUGUUAGGCGUAUAAGAAUUAUAAAAAAAAGUGUAAAUAAAAGAAUUAUAUUCAAAAUUUUUAGUUUUAACAUCUAUUCGUACGUAACCCAUUAAAAAUAAAUUGAAUAAAUUAUCUAUUAUAUAAAAAUAAGUCGGGUUUUCCUUCCUGACGCUAUAACUUCAGAACGCACGAACCGAUUUCCACGGUUUUGCAUUCGUUGGAAAGGUCUUGCGCGCCGUGAGGUUUAUAGCAAAAAAAAACUGAAUAAAAUCGAUAAAAUAGCCCGUCUGGUGGCGAAACGGAGUUCGUCGGGUUUUGCUAGUAAUACCAUAAAAAUGUAUCAUUUGUCAAGAAGUCCUUUAAUAUGUAAAUUUUUGUGUUUUAAAAAACACUUUAUAAACCCAUAUCUAUAAAUUAUAUUUAUAUUCACAAAUUGGUUAUAAGAUAACACUUUUACACGUCAAUCUCUUAAAUAACUAGAUGAGGCCGGCAUUUCCUAUCGGACUACUCUGAGAAAAAUUGCCGAAACAAACUCACAAGUAAUAGUCUCUGAAAGUCCAGAUAAUCAAAUAAAGAAUAAUUUGAGUGAACCUAAAAAUCUAUAAAGAUAGAUUAUAAUGAAUCUAUCAUAAUUGAAUUAAAAAAAAACGUCUAUCCAAUAUACAUGUACUCAUUUCUUGAAGCAAGUAUAUCAUAUAAUUCAAGUUUAUUUAUGUAAACUAUACGAGGACACUCGAUUAAUUUCAAGCCAUACCAGGGCUCAUAAUAGAUUUCGCCUUAAAAAUUAUAAUAUUUUAUAUUUAUCAUUGUAUAACAUUUAUAUAAUUACUGUAUCUAUGUAGUUAUGUACAUAUCAUACCUACCUACUGCCAUAUAUCUAAUGGUGCUAUAUAUUCAAAUAUACUACUAUAUGUAUAUUAUUACAGGUAUUAUAUAUUAUGAGUAACUUUUGUAUAUAUGGUCUGAGUCAAUUCUAUUACAUCUUCAUUGGUCAUUUAAUACAGUUCUUUUCUUAUAUGUUAUUUAUUUUCUCUAUUUGUGUUAAAAUUUCUUAAAAAAUAGAUAAAAUUCAAAUCAGCUUGUCUUAUUUUCUUUACCAUUAACCUUUAAAAAGAUAUUAUUUUUAAUCGACUUAUAAAAAGGAGGUUAUCAAUUCUAUGUUUCUAGCAUAUUUUUUAUAAUUAUGUUUCUUACGCGAAUUUGCUAUCAAUGUUUAUGAUUAAUGAUAUUUUUUAUUGUAAAGAGAUCUCGAUGACAUCAAAUCAGGACAUUAUAAAGGUACGCGUCAUACGCAUCGCACGCAUCGGGUUUUAGUUUGUCUUGUAUAGAAACUCAUACAACUGCGUCCACUGAUCCGCAUCGUACGGACCGCAUCAUCGGCAAUGCUUACAUGCGAUGCGUGCUGAUGACGUCAUACGGAAUACGUACGAUGCGGGCCUGUGGACGCUUACCUUAAAGGAUCCCCCAAGAAUAUCGAUACAAAUGUAGGAUUUUUUAAAUGGUUGUUACAUUUAGCACAAGCUAUUAAAAAUAGGUUACAUUCUAUGCCCAUUUUCAUAUUUACUUUAUCAAAACUCAUUCGUUAAUAGUUUUCUAGAAAUGAACUUUGAAAUUAUGUAUUAAUUUAUUUUAACUAUAUAUAUAGAUACAUUUAUUUAUGUUUCCAUAAUUUGAUUACCAACAUUAUUUAUGUAUAAAAUUCACUAUAAUAAAUAAAUAUGUAUAAAACAAUGACCUACAUAUUUCCAACAUAACAAACCGGAGAAAAUCGUUUGCAUUUUUAAAAUUGAAUAGCAAAUAGCAAUUUUAUAUGACCUAUGUGCAUAUGCACCGAAACCCUAAUUUAGACCAGUGGUGGGCAAUAAUUAGGCUCUCUAAAUUAUUUAAUUGGAACUGCCGUUUUUGCUCACCAGAUGGAGCUAACGUGAACCUCUCGUCUUUUCGUCCAAUGGAGAACUAGUUAGUGUCACACCAUUGGUCAUAAAAUUUUUGAUAGCUACAGUGAUUGGACCAAAAAGCCUCUUCCUACAUUUGUGCCAGUUGGUAAGCAAACCAAACCAUAGCCCACUUUCGGUCUAUAAUAGAUAAUAUGAUUAUUCAUCAAGUUGAAUUGACCGUCGAAUAUGCGGAAAAAUCAGACAAAGCGAGACCAUAAUAUAUUGGACUAGCUACUUCCGCGUGGUUUCACCCGCACUGGUCGGUUCCUAUUGAUCGUGGCGUGAUGUUUUAUAGCCUACAGCCUUUCUCGAUAAAUGCACUAUGCAACGCAAAAAUAAUGAUUCAAAUCGGACUAUUAGUUUUCGGAGAUUAGCGCAUUCAAACAAACAAACAAACUCUUCAGCUUUAUAAUUAGUUAGUAUAAGUAUAGAUUUGUACAACUCGAUGCAUUGCCGUAAUCAUCCAAUAUGAACCAAGCUUAGCAAACAAGGACACUACCUUGAUCUAGCAGUAAGAAAGUAGACAAAUAGGUCUUUAUAUUAAUAAAAGAAUUGGGUAGUAAUCAAUUCAAGUCAAGAAUUUCAUUACGAUUUUUGAUGUUCCUAUAAAAUAGUUAUUUGGCCUCAUGAACACAUUUUGCCUGCCACUGGUUCAAUUGUUAGUAGGUCUACUCUAAAAGACAAGCCAAUGUUGUAGCCACACUAUACUUUAAUAUAAUUUUAUAUUUAGUAUCAUUACUCAUCUUAUAACUAGAGGUCAUUCUUGCAUAUAAAUUUAAAAUAUUUUAGGGACAAAUUAAAACAUUUUAAAACACGGUGGAAUAAAACGUUAAUUUGAUUGCUUUAUGGCUGUCCUAAUUUAAAAUACUUUCUUAAUUCGGUUUCAGGCCAUUUAUUUGGUUUUAACGACCUCUAGUUUAUAAGAUAGGGAACUUAUAUAAUAUAGCUCUGCUCUGUACAGUAAAUACUUGGUUGUACAUAUUAUACGCUCAUUAUUACAAAUGUAAUACAUCUAUACGGUAAAUAAAAACCUUUUAAAUAU